AAGUGCUGCAGAUGUUCAUAGUUUCCUGGGGUUAGCAGGAUACUAUAGGAGGUUUAUAGAGGGCUUCUCGAAGAUAGCCCAGCCACUGACCAACCUUACGAAGAAAGCCGUGAGGUUUGAUUGGAGUCCUCAGUGUGAGGAGAGUUUCCAGGAGUUGAAAAGGAGACUCACUACUGCACUUGUCCUAUCUAUACCCGACCCUAAUUUGGAGUUCACCAUCUAUAGUGAUGCUUCGAAGAUUGGUUUGGCAUGUGUCCUUAUGCAGCAGGGGAAAGUCGUAGCCUAUGCUUCGAGGCAGUUGAAGUCUCACGAGCAGAACUACCCCACUCAUGAUCUCGAGUUAGCCGCCCGCAAUCCAGGUACUAUGUCUGGAAUGCUUUCAAUAUCCCAUGUGCCUGUUUUUGCUUUAUGUGAUACCGGUGCUACCCAUUCUUUUAUUUCUUCUCGUUGCUUGGAGACUUUAUCUAUUGGCACCGUGCAUGCUUGUGAUCCUCUCGAGGUUAGUCUAGCCUCGGGAAAAACUAUUAUCUCCGAUUCGGUGGUUCGCAACCUUCUAUUUGCAUUGCUG